AUGGGCAAGAUGCUGGUGCCCAACCAUGACCCGGAGCGUCUCUCCCGGGUCAUGGACGAGCGGUACAGGCUCAUUGGGGUCGACGUGAACGCCCUGGACGAGCAGGUCGCGGCGAAGAAGGCCCUGAAGGACCAGAAGGCGGAGUUGGAGGCGCAGGAGGCCCGGCAGGCCCAGGCGUGCGACGCGCUGCUUAUGAAGUUGCAAGUGGACGCGGAGAAGCGCCGCCGGGAGCUCGCGAAGGCCGACGGGGACUUCCGCGCGACGCAGAAGCCCGACACGCGCCGCGAGUGGGACCUCAACGACCCGAAGGCGCUGUGGUCGGACCGUCCCGCGCGGGAGGGCGACGACGACCCGCGCUGCGGCCCCGCGUCGCUGCAGAAGUUCGACGGCGAGGACCUGUCGCAGGCGAUGCGCGUGGCGGAGCAGCAGGCGCAGCUGCGCGAGUGGCUCGAGUCCCAGCGGACGGAGAAGCUGUCGGCGACGCAGGCGGCGGACCAGGACGCCGACGUGUGGGCGCAGCGCACGGCCGCGCAGGUCGCCGUCAUGGCGGCCGCGGAGCGGCGCGCGGCGGAGGAGAAGGCGCGGCAGGCGCAGACGACGCGCGACGAGAACCAGCGGCUCGCGGACGAGCGGCGGGCGCGCGAGGAGGCCGAGCGGCGCUUCGCGGCGGCAGCUGACGAGGCCGAGAUCGAGCGGAUGCUCGAGGACCCGUGGCUGAACGAGAAGGACCGGAUCGGCGUGGGGACGUUCAAGGGGAUGGACGAGCACGAGCGCGCGGUGAUUCGGGAGAUGCAGCGCCUGCAGGCGGAGGCCAAGGCGGCGCGGGCGAAGGAGGCGCGGGAGGCGGAGAUGGAGGAGGCGCGGCGGAUGGUGAUGCUGCGGAAGGAGCUGGCGCGGCAGGAGCUGGCCAAGGCGGAGCUGCUGCGGGAGCAGGCGGAGCAGGCGGCGGAGUUCUUGCAGACGCAGCGGGACGCGAAGCGGCAGACGGACGCGACGCUGCGCGACAUGUUCAAGAACGAGAUCCGGCCGGAGUUCUUCGAGCAGUUCGGGAAGAGCCACCGCUGA